UAAUCACUAGACCGCCUAACGCGCAGCACGUACCAAGCGACAAGUGGAUCCGUACAGUGUACACACCUUUAUAUCAUACUCGUUAAUAAAAAAACAAUAACUAAGUGAAUAUAAUACUGACUGUAUAUAGUUGUGAAAAAGAAAGUUUUCUUUUUUUUUUUGAAAAGUGAAAGAGUGAAGUGCCUGAAAAUGGAGAGAAUAUUAGUGCUCCUGGUUUUUGUGGUGUCAGUGACCGCUUACAGACUCACCCCCAGGUUCACGACCCAGGAAACGGAUGAAAUAAAGAAAGUAUCGCCUGCAGUGUCGUGUGGAGCUCAUGAGGACAAACGCAACGACAUCAUCAACAAGUCGAAAUGCGGCGAACCUAAAGAAGUCUUCGUUGAGCUUAAGCCUCAAAGCUCUUAUAUGCAAGUGGUGCCGAGCGCGGUGUGGGUCAAGCGUUGCGUCGGCCUGUGCGACCACGGGCCCGGCGGCAGUCGCUGCAUCGGCAUCAACAAGACUGUCGAGCAUAUACCGGUCCGAAUAUCAAACCUUAAAACGCUGAAGGAAAGCUGCGCCAUUCACGCAGUGGAGGUGCACCUCAGCUGUGGCUGCGGCUGCGACGUGCCCACCAGGGAUUGCCCCUCCCCGAGGGUGUUUAGUCCUCGUAAGUGCAACUGUCAAUGUCCCAACAUGAAGGAAAGGCGGAAUUGUCUUAAACAGCGGAAACCGGCGAUGAGAUGGAAUCCAAGUAAAUGCAUUUGCGAGAAGAGAAGAAGGUGAACACAGUUCUGCUGAAUCCUGAGAAGAAUCUGAUGCAACUGUCUCUUUUAAACUACAAGUUUCGGUAAAGCCAACUUCAAGAUAUUUUGAAUAUCGUGUGCAAGAUCAUCGUAGAAGUGAAGAGAGAAGUAAAGAUAUAAUAGUGAAACUUCUGAUAGAGUUUAGGAGUCAAAUUGACAGUUUCAAGUUCAUAGAUCAGUUCAUGGAUAACUUAUUUAUGAAUUAUAAACUUUUACGUAUUGAAGACAUUUGGUUUUACCAAAGUGAGAGAAAAAAGUUGUGAACUAGAUAUGUAAGCCGUAGACCGUCUCAAUUUACGUUAAUAUAAGAUGAACGAUUCCGGAUGUUGGAUUUAAAAUGUCGAUCAAUUUGUUGUGAAAGCUAGAAUAUAAUUUUGAUAGUAAAAUAAUCAAUAUGCGACCUUAUAAGGUCGGUGAUUGCAUUGGGUGAAAAAGUUUCCAUCUUUCAGAUCACCAAAAAGUUUUAAAUUGUUUUGCCUUUGGUUAGUUGAUUAAUUGAUUUAAUAUUAAAUUCAUUUAACGUAGAUUGAUGUUCCAACAUGUUCGCAUAGAUUGAUCCAUGGAUGCCCAUUAUUGUAGGUACUACAUUGACUGAUACAUGUGUCUUAUAGUUAUAAUAUAAUUGUAUUAGGAAAACUAAGCAGUAUUACUAUUAGGCGUAAUUUAUUUAUUUGUUUAAUGUAUUUUAUGUAAAAAUGGGACCAAACGGUGUUGUGAAUUGACUGGCCUUUAUGUUCCAGAAAGAUUUUUACGUCCUAUUAAUUAAUUUAUUGUACUUAAUUUAUUUCAUCCUAUCUCUAACUUUAGUUGUUCUAGAUUAGGGUCAAUGACCUCAGUUUUUAAUAUUGUUUAGCGUAGGGCAUUUUUAUAAAUGCAAUUCCUAAAUUGUGAUAAUAUAAGGUCGUUUAAUUUCCCAUAAAUUUAAGAAUAACUAUUUAAAGGAAUGACCCAAGUAUGUCUGAUCUUUCCUAUCUUAUGACUCAGUCACAAAUUUUUGCCGAUAUCGCUAAAGAUAGAAAAAUGCGUUUAAACCGUCUAUAAAAGCUUGUAUUUAAGCGAAUACUUUUGCUUUUUAUGUUAAAGUUAUAUUUUAUUCAAGUGAGGAUAUUGCUGGAUAUCAUUUUGUAAAAUAAGGAUAAGUAUUAAAGAAAAAACAUACAAACAUACUAUGGCAUGUACUUAAUGUUUACUUCUACCUUGGUAUUAUUAUUAGCUUCUAGUCAAGCGAUUAUUUUGAUGUAUUUAAUGAUUUAUGAUUUAUUAUUUUGAUGUACUUAAUAAUUGUAAAUAUUUGACUCGAUUUUUUAAACUAGCUCUCUCUUUUUACUAGACGAGUGUGAAUUGUAUAUUUUUGAAAAAUGUAAAUAAUUUUGUCUAUAAAUUAAAUAUAAAUUAGGUAACUUUGUAAGGACUAGUCUAGCUAGUGCCAAAGGCAUUGAAUCUCAAGUGUAAAAAUAGUUAAGUCAUUAAUUUAUUUAUUAGACACAAUUAUUUCAAUUAUUUUAACAGCUUAAGAAGCUUUAAGUGAUCGAAUCACGACUAGUUUUAAUUUUAAACUAAGUACUAGUAAAAUAAACGUUUUUACUU